GGAAUCUGAUGCCGAUCUCUAUGUAAACACGACUACUGUAUAUAAAAUAUAUCAAGUGACUUGGAUUAUACUUCAGAGCUGAAAUCUCUCUUCCAGAAUCCACAAUGAAACUCCUGAUUGCAACCAUCCUUGGAGUCCUCCUGACUCAAGCCCUAGGAAAUGAUAACAUCAAUAUUAAUAAUUCAGGUAAUGAUGGUGGAAGCAUCAGCCAACAAGUGAACAUUAACAACCAGGACCAAGUGGCCAACAUCAACAAUCUCAAUGGCUGGAACUCCUGGGACUCCGUCUCUGACUUUGGCAAUGGGUUUGCUGCUACAAGACUGUACAACAAGAAGAUCUGUGUGGUUACCAAGAUGACUCCAAGUUUCCCCACCCUUGAAAAGCUCAGCGAGAUUGCCAAGACCAAAAAGGUAAAAUACUAG